AUGUCCGACCAUGUUCCCGCUCAUGAUGGCCCCGCCCCCCGCCCUCCGCCUUCCACCCAGCCUCGGCCUCCACUACCUAUGCAGUCCAACCGCAGCGUCGCCGGCCUGCUCAACCAGCGACGUCCCAUGGCCUCUACCCCGAUUCCUCCUUCUUUGCAAGCCAAGAUGGCCGCAAACGCACAGCGCGGGCAGCAAUCGCCAGCAGGCACAAAGACCGCUAAUGGCAUGGCUGCAGCUUUUGCGCGCGCGACCCUCCAAGACAGACCGGGCGUGCCACUCCCGCCUCUUCGUGCACCCGCGUCCUCACCCGGGCCAAACCGCCCCGGGGCAGCACCUAUAGGUGGUCUCGCCGCCCGACGUCUGAAAGUAGGCGUCCCCAAGCUCAGUCCCAACGACGUGCCGGGAGGCAUGCAUCUUCCUCCGAUGGGUGCUGGUCCGCAGGGCGCGGGUCUUGGUGGUGGGCGGCCCAUUGUUGACGAUGAGCCUAGGCGAGGUGCACAAAACAACUUUGCCACGCCGUUUUCAAACUUCGGAAAGAUAGUCAUGCUCAUGACCUUCCGCCCUCACCUUCACCUGCAUCCCGGUGUAUCCCGAAUGCUGCUUACUCCUCGGACAUCGCGGAAAUGGUGCACUGCUGUACUGCACGCGACGGGGGUAAAUUUCAGCAAUGGCUCUUCUUUCGCGAUCAACAUGUCCCAACUGCAAUUGGAAGAUGAGCUUGGGAAGGGCGCGUACGGCACUGUUAAGAGAGUACUGCACAAGCCCACGAACGUUGCUAUGGCUAUGAAGGAAAUUCGAUUGGAAUUGGAUGACUCCAAGCUGAAUGCGAUCAUCAUGGAGCUUGACAUCCUUCACCGGGCAGUCGCCCCCGAAAUUGUCGACUUCUAUGGGGCAUUUUUCAUAGAGUCAUGUGUAUACUAUUGUAUGGAGUACAUGGACGCUGGUUCGUUGGACAAGCUCGAAGGCGCAGGUGUUCCAGAGGACGUUCUAGGACGCAUCACAGGAAGCAUGGUCCGUGGCCUGAAGUUCUUGAAGGAUGAGCUACAGAUCAUACACCGAGAUGUCAAACCGACCAACGUCCUAGUAAACAAGAAGGGUGAGGUCAAGCUUUGUGACUUCGGUGUCUCUGGCCAGCUGGAGAAGUCACUCGCAAAGACAAAUAUAGGUUGUCAGAGCUACAUGGCUCCAGAGCGAAUAAAGGGCGAGUCGCAGAACAACGUGGCCACGUACACCGUGUCUUCGGACGUCUGGUCACUGGGUCUCUCGAUGAUUGAGAUGGCCUUAGGGCGGUAUCCAUACCCACCGGAGACGUACGCCAAUGUGUUCGCGCAACUCACCGCGAUUGUCCACGGCGAUCCUCCGGAACUGCCAGAGUCGUAUUCUGAUGCAUCUCGGGAUUUUGUUGCACGAUGUUUGCACAAGGUACCCGAGAUGAGAGCUUCCUACGCGGAGUUAUUGAACCAUCCAUUCAUGCAGCAGGACCGACGACGGCAUGUAGACAUGCCAAAAUGGGUCGCAGCGGCCAAACAUUACCGCGAGCAAAAGGUAGCGGAAGAGCGACAACAGAAGCUGUUACAAAACGGCACAUCGCACCCAGCUCCCUUAUCAGGCUUGUAUACGCAUAUUGCCGGCAAUAGGCUAACGGAUAGCGCGACAUGCCAGGGUCCGUUGACGGUGCAGGCACCCGUGUCGCGCCAGCCUCAAACGACAUCUCCGGUCAACGAUUUCGGUUCCAUUGCAGGCAUUCUCUCGAUUUAUCCUCAUUUUUAUUCCCUUGGGGCUUCUGGCGAUCAUUAA